AUGGGUCCUGGCCGCCGUAUGAAAAAGCAGGGGCCUCCUGCCACCCUCGAAGAACUCGGCAUCAAUCUGAAACGAAAAUCCAAUGUGGAUGGGCCCAAAGAACCUGCGAAGAGACGACGGAAGGCCGCCGACCAUGGCCCCAAGAAACUGGUGGAGCUUGACCGGACGCUUCGCAAUGAGCAGCUUCCAAGAUCAAAGGAAGGCGUGAGCAGCGGCAAGGACAAGAAAAACAAAAAAUUGGUCAAUAGGGAUGCUCAAAUCACAGUCCCGCCCGCCCUACUCGCUCCCUCUGAUGAGGAACAAGAGGAAGAGGACGACAUUGACGCCGCAGACAUUUCCCUUGAUGAAAUUUCCUCCUCGCAACUCGAAGAUGAUGAACUCGCACAAGCGGAUCUUGACCAAGAAGUCUCUGACGACUCGGUCUUUGAUUCGGACCCGGACGAACAGCCCAGACGCAUGUUUUCUGACGACGAGGACGAUUCCGACGCCGAAGCCCAACUGACCGCCGCGAACAUUGAAGGUCUCUCCAGAAAACUCGACCAGCAGCAAGCAGAGGUUGAGGCCGAGGCCCAACAAGAGUUGGAAGAUGCUGCACUACAGACAAACAUUGCAAAAGACGAGGGUGUGUUGGAUUCCGUGGCUGCGCAAGGUCUCGCUCCAGACCUAGCUCUCAUCCGAAAUCGCAUGACGGAAACCAUUCGCGUCCUUGGAAACUUCUCCGAGUUGGCGGACAAGACAAAAUCACGGACCGAGUACAUCGACCAGUUACUCUCAGAUAUAUGCACCUACUAUGGCUACACGCCGUACCUGGCCGAGAAGCUGUUCUCGCUCUUCACACCCGCCGAAGCUUUCGCCUUCUUUGAAGCCAACGAGACCCCUCGACCUGUGGUGCUCCGAACCAAUACUCUGCGUACGAACCGUCGAAGUCUGGCUCAAGCCUUGAUCAACCGUGGUGUCGUCCUGGAACCCGUUGGGAAAUGGUCAAAGGUCGGCCUACAAGUGUUCGAAGCACCCGUGCCCUUGGGUGCAACACCAGAGUAUCUUGCAGGAGAUUACAUAUUACAAGCUGCUUCGUCAUUCCUGCCGGUCAUGGCACUGGCUCCUCAACCAAACGAAAGAAUUCUUGACAUGGCUGCCGCCCCUGGUGGAAAGACAACCUACAUCUCAGCUCUGAUGCGCAAUACCGGGGUGGUGUUUGCCAAUGAUGCAAACAAGCAGCGUGCCAAGGGUCUGAUUGGCAAUAUCCACCGUCUCCACUGCAAGAAUACCAUUGUCUGCAACUACGAUGCUCAAAAGGCCUUUCCUAAAAUUCUGGGGGGCUUCGACCGGGUCUUGCUGGAUGCGCCGUGUUCAGGUACCGGAGUCAUCGGCAAGGAUCCAAGCGUCAAGACGUCCAAGAACGAACGCGACUUCCUGGCCUUGCCUCACAUGCAGAAACAACUUCUACUGGCGGCCAUCGACUCGACGGAUCACAGCAGCAAGACGGGCGGGUACAUUGUUUAUUCCACCUGCUCAGUGACCGUGGAAGAAAACGAAGCGGUGGUCCAGUAUGUGCUCAGAAAGCGGCCCAAUGUCAAAAUCGUCGACACUGGCCUGGGGAGCUUCGGGUCUGAAGGUUUCAAGAGCUACAUGAACAAGAAAUUCGACGACAAGAUGUCCCUGACCAGACGCUAUUUCCCGCACCGCGAGAACGUUGACGGCUUCUUUGUCUGCAAGCUGAAAAAGACCGGCCCGAUGCCCAAGAAUCCCGGGCACUUGGACGGCGCCAAGACAGCCGACUCGACGACGUCUGCCGUCAAUGGCGAAAAGGGUUCGGCCCUUGGCCUGGAGGAGGGGGCUAAGCCUGGCGACGAUUUCGGCGGGUUCGAUGACGAGGAAGAUAAACAUAUCCUCGAGCGGGCGGAGAAGAAAUGGUUGAAGGCUCGAGGGCUGGACCCCAGAGUUGCUGACCGAAAGAAGGCCGCCGGAGCCAAGGGGAAAGAAGGGAAGAAGGUAAAUGGAGGAGGGAAGAAAAAGACCAGCGGUGACAAAACGAAAAGCUGA